AUGGACAAGAAGGAAGAGAAAAAGGUUGAACUAACUCAGGAGGAAGAAGAGUUAAAAGUCACAAUUGCACAGAAGGAGCGCAUGGAAAGGGACCAUGACGCUAUAAAAGAAUAUUAUAAAGGUUUACUCAAGGAAUGGGCCGACGAUUUGGCUGCCCGUCCUCUAGAAGAGAAGAAAUCGCCCGAGGGACGAGAAGCAACGAAACAAUGUCAACAGGUUGCUGAUACUCUCAAGGGAUUCUUCAAAUUGUGCACAAAGCGACGAAUUCCCUAUGAUAUUCGUCGCAACUUGCUAAAGAUACGUGAUCAAAUGGAGGAAGGAGAUUACCGAGAAGCAUACCGCACCUACCUGUUGAUCACAGUCGGAAAUGCUGCUUGGCCGAUCGGAGUAGCUGCAACCGGAAUCUACGAACGGUCAAGUCGCGAGCGCAUCACACAAUCGAGCGUUGGACAUGCGAUGCUGAACGAUACAGUGCGAAUUUACCUGACCAUGAUCAAGCGUUUGAUGAAUUAUAAAGAAUCCAAGUCUCCUGGGGUCGUUCCUUCAGGUUGUAUUUUACCCGCAAAGUGUUCUGUUUGUUCACAAACGCUGCUACAAAGCAUACGCGCUUCGUAA